UGUGAUGUUUGUGCUUUUCUCAUGUUGAGGGCUAAAAGUGGCUGGUGUUAUUUUAUUGAAUCUAGUUAUUUAUUUUGGUCAGCAAGUUCAAUUGUCGCUUGAUAUAAAGGACAGCAGCCGUGUCACCCUUCCACUGCGCGCGACUGCGAGGGCUGGACAGUGUCUUACAGAGGUCUUUGGGCUCUUAUAUACGAGAGGUUGGGCUCCAUAUAGGUCGGGCUUUGCAUAUGCGUAAUCAAACCAAUGAGAAUGCCCUGCGCGUCUGGCACAAGGCUGAGCAACAAACUCUGGGAAGAAGAGAAGCGUAAUUUAGGGGGUGUAUCCCUUGUUUAAGACCCUGUUAUGGCAAAGCCAAUCGCCAGAUGUUUGUGCUCCUCACUCAGAUUUUGAGACUAAGCAGAACGCCGGGUUACUACGCGCAGGCUGAUUCGCGUAUCCAAGCCACUUUUAGCCAAAGUCUAGCUACACGCGAUCUCUCUUCCACUUUACGCACAGGAUUACGCCCGUUUGCUCGUCUAUUUCGCGGAGCUGCAACAUCUUUUCUGUCAUUCUUUAACAGGCUGAAGGAAAUGGCAAAGGAGAGAGGAGCGCGGCUGGGAGAGCGCGGAGGAAACCAGAGCUGAAUGGCAGGAUGCAAGCGACCUGAAGACGCACAAAACCCCGCAUUUCUACAGCGCUCAGGCCCUUUUACGCGUUCUUUUGGUCUGCUUCCUUCCAAACGAGAGGAAUUACCCCUGUACAACCAUUUAAGGAUUUUCUUUUUUCCCUAAUUUUUCAGAUUUUGAUUAUUUUCACACGCAGAACUCAAGGAAUCGAGGAUGCAUUGUGGAUUAGUGUUGAUCCUCUUUACGGGAAUCUUUCUCAUCGUCAGCGCUUUCAAAAAUGACAAAUGUGGGGACAAUAUCAGAAUCAGUAGCGCAAAUUACCUGACUUCACCCGGUUACCCGGUGUCUUACUACCCGUCUCAGAAAUGCAUCUGGGUGAUUACAGCUCCAGGACCGAACCAGAGGAUUUUGAUCAACUUCAACCCACACUUUGACCUGGAAGACAGAGAGUGCAAAUAUGACUAUGUGGAGGUGAGAGAUGGAGUGGAUGAGAGCGGCCAGCUGGUCGGGAAGUAUUGUGGGAAGAUCGCUCCCUCUCCUGUGGUCUCCUCUGGGAACCAGCUCUUCAUCAAGUUUGUGUCUGACUAUGAGACUCAUGGUGCUGGCUUCUCCAUCCGCUAUGAGAUCUUCAAAACGGGUCCAGAAUGUUCCAGGAACUUCACCUCCAGCAGUGGAGUCAUCAAGUCGCCGGGUUUUCCAGAGAAGUACCCCAACAACCUGGAUUGCACGUUCAUGAUCUUUGCUCCUAAGAUGUCGGAGAUCGUUCUGGAGUUCGAGAGCUUUGAGCUGGAGCCAGACACGCAGCCACCCACUGGAGUGUUCUGCCGCUACGACCGCCUAGAGAUUUGGGACGGCUUCCCUGGAGUUGGUCCGUACAUUGGCAGAUACUGUGGACAAAAUACUCCAGGACGGAUCAUAUCCUACACUGGAAUCUUGGCUUUGACAAUCAACACAGAUAGUGCUAUUGCAAAAGAGGGGUUCUCGGCUAAUUUCACUGUGCUGGAAAGGACAGUCCCUGAUGACUUUGACUGCACCGAGCCUUUGGGUAUGGAAACUGGGGAAAUCCAUUCAGACCAAAUCAUGGCCUCAUCCCAGUACAACCCCAGCUGGUCUCCGGACCGAUCUAGACUCAACAACCCUGAGAACGGUUGGACCCCUGCGGAGGACUCAAACAAAGAAUGGAUUCAGGUUGAUCUUGGAUUCCUGCGCUUUGUCUCGGCGAUCGGCACACAGGGAGCCAUCUCUCAAGAGACCAACAAAAGAUACUAUGUGAAGUCCUACAAGGUGGAUGUAAGCUCAAAUGGAGAAGACUGGAUAACUAUUAAGGAAGGCCCAAAACAGAAGAUUUUCCAAGGGAACACCAACCCCACUGAUGUAGCGAAAGCCAUGUUUCCCAAGCCCACACUGACGCGAUACCUACGGAUCCGACCCUACAACUGGGAAACUGGUAUCGCCCUGCGCUUCGAGGUGUAUGGAUGUAAAAUCUCAGAGUAUCCAUGUUCUGGAAUGUUGGGAAUGGUCUCAGGCCUUAUCGCAGACUCUCAGAUCACAGUUUCAUCCCACACCGAGCGUACCUGGGUGUCAGAGAAUGCCCGUCUGCUGACCAGCCGUUCUGGAUGGACCUUGUUGCCACAGUCCCAGCCAUAUGUGGAUGAGUGGCUGCAGAUAGAUCUGGGUGAGGAGAAAUUGGUCCGAGGUUUGAUCAUCCAGGGAGGUAAACACCGUGAUAACAAGGUAUUCAUGAAGAAGUUUCGGCUGGGCUACAGCAACAAUGGAUCUGACUGGAAAAUGGUGAUGGAUGCUACCGGCAGCAAGCCCAAGAUAUUUGAGGGAAAUUUGAACUAUGACACACCAGCAUUGAGGACAGUGGAGCCUAUAUUGACACGCUUUGUUAGGGUGUACCCAGACAGAGCCACUCCUGCUGGGAUGGGGCUUAGAUUGGAACUCCUGGGCUGUGAAAUGGAAGUGCCCACAGUGCCCCCUACUAUACCCGCUUCCUCCACCGCGCCAUCAGACGAGUGUGAUGAUGACCAGGCCAACUGCCAUAGUGGAACAGGUGAUGACUACGACCAGACAGGUGGAACCGCUGCGCCAGAGAUGACCACAGAGACGAGCACCGUUCCAGGUAAGAAAGCGUUCCUGUGGUUUGCCUGUGACUUUGGCUGGGCCAGUGAUCCUUCAUUCUGUGGCUGGAUGUCAGAGGACAGCGGUUUCAGGUGGCAGAUCCAGUCCAGCGGCACCCCGACUCUAAACACCGGCCCAAACAUGGACCACACUGGCGGAUCAGGGAACUUCAUCUACACACUGGCCACAGGUGCUCAGGAGACAGAAGUGGCUCGGUUAGUGAGUCCAUCCGUGUCGGGCCAGGACUCGGACCUGUGCUUGUCCUUCUGGUAUCACAUGUUUGGCUCUCACAUCGGCACGCUACACAUCAAACAGCGCAGAGAGAGCAGCCAGGGCUCAGCUGAUGUCCUGCUCUGGACGGUCAGCGGUCAUCAAGGCAACCGCUGGAGGGAGGGCCGCGUGCUCAUACCCCACUCCAAUAAACCCUACCAGGUGGUAAUUGAAAGCGUAGUGGAGAGGAAGAGUUGGGGAGACAUUGCUGUGGAUGACAUCAAAAUCUUAGACAAUCUGAACAUGGCCGACUGUAAGGACCCAGAUGUCCCAGCAGAGCCGAUUCUACCUGAGGACAACUUCAAUGAAAUCAUCGUGGACAUCACAGACUUCCCUGAGAUUGUGGAGAACCGUGAUAUCAGCGGCGCCGGAAACAUGCUGAAGACGCUGGACCCCAUCCUCAUCACCAUCAUCGCCAUGAGCGCGCUGGGGGUCUUCCUCGGCGCCAUCUGCGGCGUGGUCCUCUACUGCGCCUGCUCACACAGCGGCAUGUCCGACAGGAACUUAUCCGCCCUGGAGAACUAUAACUUUGAGCUGGUGGACGGCGUCAAGUUAAAGAAGGACAAGCUCAACUCACAGAACACGUACACAGAAGCGUGAGCCGCCGACCAAUGAGAGGAGACCUCUCCUCAGGGAGGGCGGGGCUAAAACGGACUGCCGAUGCCUUCCGGUUGGAGGAGGACAAGGCUCUGUGGUUCAGCGAACCAAUGGGAGGUCUGGGACUGAGCCAUGCUUUUCUCAGGAGCUGCAGUGAACGGAACCUACCAGUAGGGGACACUGUGUACAAACGUUGAAUACAAGGAUUUAAAAGAACAAAAAACAAAAUGAAAAAUAAGAAUAUGUACAGAUGAUUGAAAUUGUUAUUUUAAUUUUUUAUUUUAUCGUUUUGUAUUAUUUUUGGUUGAUCGUUUUUACAAUCGGAUGCUGGUGUUGAGACCAAUAUAUAAUAAUGUUAUAAAGUAUUUAUCUUUUUUUUUUUUCUAGGAGGAAAAAAAAAUCAUUUAUUUUUUAUUUUAAAAGAUUGUUUUGCGCUUUAAGGAGAUGUGUAUAAAAAAAACAAAAAAACAAAUGAACCAUAUAUGGCCAAGGGAAGGUGGAGGGGCAAAGAUCAAAGGGGGUGGGAAAUCAUCCAGCCCUGUUGCAUUCUGGGUAUGGUUCAGUCAGUGCCUUUGGUACAUCUUUUUUGGCCUCCUCUGUUGUUUUUGUGGUGUUUUCAACCCUUUAGUUCUCAAAAAAGCUGUCAGUCGAAUCUGCAAAACAAAUCCCGGUAAAUUCAUAGCGCUUUAACGUGGAAAUCAUGCAUAUUGUACAUAAGUUUUAAUAUAUUUUAAUGCCCUUUUCAAAGAAACGAGUAAAAGGACAAAAAAGAAAGCUGCAGUAUCCCUCUUUUCUUGGGUUGUAUGUUGUAAAUACAAUCGUCCGACUGUUUGUGAAAGUGAAACGUGUGCUUUUUCCGUCCUGUUUGGUUAUUUUGCUAUGCUCCCAAAAAAUGCAGCCCUUGCUCAAAACAGAUGUUAACACAAAUCCAGCGCACAUUUCAUCAUGAGAACAGCAUUCGCACAUACAGUAAAUGCAUUUCAUAGACGUCCGCGGUGGCUGGAUUACAGAUUCAUAAUCAUCAUAUCCUCAAUAAUCAUAAUUCAGAAUGUCUGUUUAUCCAGCAUACCAAAAAAAAAGAAAAAAUCGAUGAUCAUCAUUGCCUUGAUUGCUUUGAUUUGAGGUUUCAUCAAAGCGCUUCUUUCACCAUCCGUCGAGCUUGAAUGCAUGUGCUCUCGAGUAAAACUCUCAUUUUAAGAGUGGUGCUAUUAAACGUUCUCACGCAUCGCUUCGCAAGCGUUCUGUCAUUGGCCUUGUGUCUGUACCAAAGGACUGUUGCCUCAAACUGCAGGGUCCAAUCACAACAGCCCAUUCUCUUCUGAAUCUGGAGACCAUCUCAUCUCAUUGUCAUUGUGUCGACGGUUUGGAUUCUGGACCGCUGGGUGGAUCUGACUUUAGCAACGGCGUACACAUGUACUUUAACCAAUAACAGGGCUUCACUGCUGACAAUACUAAUGUUUUCUACAGGUUUCUCGGUAUGUUCAUGUACUGUGCUGUAUACUGUGGCCAACACUUCUGUUUUCCCGUUUCUUUCCGGUAGUUUCCGAGGACAUGAAUCCUCGUGUCGAUGCUACAUGUGUGUCAGCUGAAGCUGUAUAAAGGCGACUGGCUUCAGUCGGGAUUCUGUGAGAAAGCAUACUGUAGCAUUAACGAAAAAGAAACAAUGUUGCACUGAUCGAUAUAUUUGAUGAAGUUUAUGUGUUUAUAGCAUUCAUUUGUAAAAAAGACAACUGAAAUAAAAAAGACAGUGUUCAUUUUUUUAAUAUAGUUUCAGAAUAUGUAAUACGAUUCUGAAAUGGUCAAUUAUCGAGAUGUUUUCAUUAUUGAAAAAGCUAUACAGAUUUCCUAUAGUAAAGCUCCCAUUCUCUUUUGGUUUUUGUACUGUCGUUGAAACUUUGUGCUGAUUUGUUUUGGUUUUGUUUGUUUUUUUUUACAAGAAGAUGCGGAAGCAAAGAAAACUUUUAUUUUCAAUACUGCCUCUGUAAGUUGCUGUUGUAGGAAGGGUAAAAAAUGAAUAAAAACAGCAAGGCCUUAAAAUGGAUAUCAAUGUUUUAUAUCUGCAUCACAGAAGAAAAACUCUGUCUCUGAUCAAAUCAGAUCGACUGACAUAUUCCAAAGAUUCAGCUCCAAUAAAUGUGUUCUGAAACUGUU